CAACCGCCAGUAGCAGCUAUGUUCGGGUUGGUGACGGCCGCGCUGGUGGUUCUCCUGUUCUAUUACUUCUGGGCCAAGAAGGACCCGCCACCGAUAUUUGGCGUGUAUUCUGUGGAAGGCAAGUGGUACUAUGUGAAGUAUGCAGUGUUCUACUGUGUUUACCACUUCAGAAAGUGGGCAAACACAUAUAGAACAGCGGGUGUCGGGGGUAGCGCGGGGCAAGGGGUGCGUGCCAUCGCAGACCCCGGGCUCCUGGAUCGAGCGCAGCCGCUCAGCGACCACGCUAAGGCAUUUGACGCGGUGUUCUUCAUCUCAAGCGCGGACGGCACGUACGUGGUGAUGGGGUGCGAGCGUCGUCCGCUGGGAAUGUGUAACGCUCUGUUCUAUAUCGCGCUGCCAGGAAAAGGGUUACUCUGUAGUCGCAAAAUACCUGACACAGUGCUGUUUGGUGCUGGGAACGAGGAGUUUGGUGCAGAAGGAAUUAAAAUAUCUCCGGUUAAACCGAUGGAAAAAUGGGCUCUCUCCUACAAGGGAGAAAUGUGGUAUCAAAACGACCCCAGUAAAGUGGUGAAUGUUGAGUUCAGCGGCGAGUGGUCUGCUACCAGCCGAUACUUCGACUUCGACGGCGAGCUGCAUCCCGCGGCCGUCAUCAGGUCCAUCGCGCGGGAACCCUGGACCAAGGACUACUUCGAGCGCCUGAAGACAGCACAUCAAUCCCACUAUGAACAGUUUGGAACACUGAAAUGCAAGUUUACCAUAGAUGAGGAGCAGUUUGAUCUAGAGCUGCCGUCCUUCCGAGAUCACAGCUUUGGUGACAAGCGCGACUGGUCGUUAAUGCACCGCUACGCGUUCCACCACAUCUUUCUGCAGAACGGCGUCAGCGCCAGUGUGGGAGUUAUCUGCCAACCCUGCACCGCCACCAAUUUGGAAGCAGGCGUCGUAGCUCUGCCCAGUGGAGAGGUGUACCCGGUAGAGUGGGUGGACCUGAAGUUGUACCAACACGGAGAAGGUGGGACAGCCCCCAGAGAUUACGGCUUCCGAUUCAAAGCUGGUGAUACCGAAUAUACUGUUCAGGUGCUUGUGGAAUAUGAAUCUGUGCACUACGUCUCCGAGGAGUGGGAGGCCAAGAUGACGGAGAGGUUCUGCCGCUUUGUGGUGAACGGGGUGCCAGGGAAUGGUGUCUCUGAGUUCCACUACAGGCACCGGGAGGGCCGGCCUGAGCACGUGGCUGCGAGCGACCCUAUCUGGUACCGGAAGAUGUGCCAUAAGAUUUAACUCUGAAAUUGUUAUGUUCCGUUGCAAUUAUUAAACUAUAUUUGAACUGAUGGUAUACCUAAUUGUUUGUUUAAUUUAUAUUUUAUUAAUUUAUACGUGAUUUUUAGUGUAUAAACGUAAAUAAAUGAUUUUUAAAUUUUA